CGAUACAAUAAGGCUUCGAGAGAGCGCGAUGUUUAUGGUGACGUUUCUCGAGCGGAGUGAUACCUCUGCACUGUUUCCGUUUCGAGCACCUGGCCUCACCUGUCUGGAACUUUGUUUCCGCUUACGGGAAACGGCGAAACUGGCGACUUUUAAACGAAGUUACGGAUUGUUUCAGUGAUGUGACCGGAUUUAAAAACAGAGAAAUGCGAACAAAGAGGACUUUUAGGAGCAGGUAACAACAGAUUCUCAGCAGUGCAGCUGGUAUUGACUGGAAAUAAAGAAACACCAAGAAUGGCUGACCUAAUCAACAAUACAAGUGAGGAGCUGUCAUUUUCACCUACUGGGUCAUCUGCAGAGCCACAAAUAGCAGUAAGUAAAAAGCCAAAAGAACAUAACAGUUUGGAGGACAAAAGAAAGUUUACAGAUGAGGAGGAGGAGGAGGAAGAAGAAGAAGGAGAAGAUGAUGAUGUGACCAGCUCUGCUUUUCUGGAGCCAAGCACUUUACCGUGGUCGGCAGACAAAAACCGCGGAGCCCUCACAGACCAGGAUGAUGGAAUCUCGUCAGAAAAAGGAGGAUCGGAGCUUGAAGAGAGGGACACGGGGAUCAGCAGAGGGAGCCAGGACCUGUCAGAGGAGCAGAGCCAGGAAGAGGGCGAUGUGAAGAGCAAGACCAAAUGGAGGGAGAGCAUGCCCGAGGGGGAGAGGUGGAGGGACGAUGAGAUUAAGGUGAAGCAGGGUGAUAAAGAGGACGGCUCCCUCGCAGAUGAUGAGGAUGAGGAAGAUGAGGAGGAAGACGAAGGGGGAUUAACGUGGGUCUCGGAAAAAUCAUCUCCGGGUUUCACGCCACAAGUCACGAUUUUGAAUCACUCCACGAAAGAGGUCCCCGAGGAGAGCAGGCAACUCAGAGAGAAGGAGGUGGAGCCGGAGAUGGAGCACGACUCCGUUGUAGAGGUUUACCAGGAGUGGACAACCAAUGAUGACAAGUACUACCUGUGUGAGCAUAUCUGCAAGGAGAAACUGAGGGUGGUUUUGGCGAUGGUGGCUGCAGCAAUACUUUUCCCUUUCCUGGUGUGGGGUGGUUACGCCCUAAUACCUUUUGAUUCGCCAAAGCUUGAAAGCGCCCCCCUCAGGGUGUUGUACACACUACGCUGCGCAUUCUUUGCCAGCGUGCCCAUCCUGCUCGGCGUGGUGGUGCAGGGCCUCGCCCGGCUUCGUUACAGCGCGGUCAAGCCCCUCAUUCAGAGUAACCUGUUGAACAUAGAAGUGGCGGUGCACUGGCACUACGUCAACGAAUCGCUUGGCCUCUUCCUCUUCUACUUCCUCCAGCUUGCUGUCAUGGCAACCUACAUCAGCCAGGACCUCAUCAAACUGGUGCCGCUGCUCACCAUCGUAUUUGUUUUUGGCAGGCUGAUCUACUGGCUCUGCCUCUCCCUGGGCAGCAGCGCCAGAGGCUUCGGCUUCGGCUUCUCCUUCUUCCCCAUACUGGUCAUGCUGGGCACCAACCUCUACUUCGUGUGCUCGUCGAUGGGACAAGACGGCGUCUUUGAUGUGGCGCCGCCCACCUCGGCUCCUCCACCCAGGCAGCGCUGGUGGGGUUAAAAGGGCGUGGAGCGGAGAGAGACAAUGAAACCUGUAAUAUAAUACUUGGAGUAUAACGACACAGUUUUUGCUCACAGACAGCUCGUUCUGUUCUGGGGGGGUUGAGAGGACGUUUGGUUAAAAAAAACAAACAAAAAAAAAAAAAACAACCAACCCCCCCCCCCCCAAGUUUUAAUAAAGAAGUCAUCUGCUGAUGAGAAAAUUACAAAAAUAUGUUUUAUGAUCAUUGAUCAGCAGUGUUGUGAACAUGUGGCUACUUCACCAGGUUGAUGUGAAGCAGCUGCAGCAGGAUGCUUUUUAAAAAAAAAUAUUUUUGUAUAAUUUAGCCUUGAUGCAUCUCAUUAUACGAGGCUGUUAAUCAGUGACAUCAGAAAAGCUGAAUCAGUGCUUUCCCAGGAAUAGCGACUCCAGCACCCCAUCAGGAAAUAUGAUGCGGCGAUAAAUGUGAGAAAACACUCAGUUCAUGAAAAGCUAAAGGAUUAUGACUUCUCAGUGCGAAAUGUUUCCUCUGACCUCUUUCUGUUUACAAAGAAUUCAAACGUACGAGCUCCAGUUAUGCUGUGGGUGAAGAAAGUGACUUUAAAAAUGUUAAAAACCGGAGUGUCAAAAUCAUUUCCACUCACACGCCAAAAAGUGAACAAUCUACUCUAAAGUGGCUCAGACCCCUGAAACCGCUGCGUGAUAAUCUGGAGGGAAACCUUUAAUCAACCGUCCAAUCAUAAAACAGAUCACUCUGUACAGUUGUCUUUUUUUUUUUUCUUGUUUUUGAACUUAGCUUUGAGCAGGUGAUGAUGUAGACAAAACGGUGUAUAUAGAUUUAACAUUUUGGACGCCCUCAUGAGAUGAUCCGUUCUUAAUGACCUACAACUCUGUAGUCUCAUGUUUUCUGCUGAUGUAGUACUUUGUUUGUAUAUCUACUUGUUCUUUUUUCACUUGAGGUCAUAUUUGGUGGCUUAAACUUUAAAAUACACAAACUAAAACAAAAUAUCUGAACUCUCGACAUAAGAGGAGAAUUAAAAGAUUUUGAAAUCAUUGUCUUCCAUUUAUUUUAUUUUCACACUGCUGCUGCCAGCUGUGGCUUUUUAAACGUAAUAUUUAUAACUGCGCCUGUUAAAUGCACCUUUGUUUUGAUCAAAGGCUCUUCUUUGUUCAUAGCAGCACAAACUGAAAUCCUAUUUUUGGAUUGUCCUUUUUUAUGUCUGUGUGUCCAAAGGAUGUUUUGUGUUUACCCCCCCUCAUGCUGUCAGUGGUAAAUAUGUAAAGAAAAUGUCAAUAUCUGGGCCCCUGAAUGAGUUCAAUAAAUCUUUAUUAUGAAACAUGA